AUGUCCUCGAUGGACGACCCGGACGGCGAACUCACGGGCACGAUCAGUUUCGUGCGGACCUCAAAGACUCAUCUGAGCACCGAGAUUGGCUUUAUUGUUAUUUUGCCGCCCUAUCAGCGCACCUAUGUGGCGAUGAGUGCCGUGGGGCUUGCUCUGCAAUAUGCUCUGGAGGCACCAGAGAACGGCGGUCUGGGAUUGCGCAGGGUUCAUUGGCGAACCAGCACGACAAACGUCGCGAGCGCCAAACUUGCAGAGAAGAUGGGAUUUGAACAGAUUGGGAUUGUCUCUUGGCAUAUGCGAUUCGUCAAGGGAAAGAACAAGGGGAAGGUUGGAAAUGGUAAAGACUUGCCCCCGGGAAGCGACCCUCAGGAUCUAUGGAGGGAUACCAUCGACUAUAGUCUUUCGUGGGAUCGGUGGGAGACCUUCGCCAGGGAAGAAGUACAGAAGCAGAUGCUUUGA